AUGGAGAAUGGUAAAGCUGAUCCUAUAUUUCACACCACGGUUUUCAAAACACCAAAUGAUAAAAUAUUCACGGUAGAUAGAUUGUUACCAUACCUUCAGUUUUAUCAGACUUGGUAUUAUGGAGUAUGGCCGGUCUUGUCAGUUGCACACAUUGUGGUUAAGAUCGUUCAAAAAGAGGGUGAAGAAGAUCCUCAACUGAAUCUAGAGAGUGACACAGCAUAUGUAUUGGCAUGUUCAGUAUGUGCUGAUAUUGCUAUGCAACUCACGUUUUUAUCCGAUACUCUUCAUGUUAGAGACAUGCCUACUGGAAUCGAAGCCAAAGAAUUUGCAGAUGAAGCUAUGAGGUUCCGUGCACGUAUAAAUUACAGGCUUAACCCCACCAUAGAUAUACUUCUAUCGUCCUUCUUUCUUUAUGAUUACUUCGUAAAUGUCAGUGGACAUAAAUCUGUCGCUAUUACAUAUUUGAGGGAGACAUUAACUUUUGCUCAAAUUCUAGGACUUCAUAACCCUAAAACAUACUUCAAUCAAACUCCAGCAUCUGUCCAUAGAAUGAAGAAGAUCUACUACUUGUUGAUGAUAACAGAAAGAUUUUUAUGUAUUGAGGAAAAUAUCCCAGUUUUACUUACUCCAUCUAUUCCAUUUCCUGCAUUGGAGGACGAAGAAUAUCCAGAAAUCCUUAGUGGUUUUACCGAACUAGUUCGAAUAUUCUCCAUUCCGGAUAAAUCCUUCUUUGACAAGUUAGCAGAGGAGAACUCAAAUUCGUCAAAUCUAAAGCUAUUCCAAAAAUCUUUGUUCCAAUUAAGCAACCCACCAACUCAAAAUUGGAUAGUAAAUGUACAGAACAAUUUGCAAAAUGUGACAAUCUCACCACUAAUUCCAGAUACCCAAAAAUUGAAUAUUAUAUUAUCGCAGCAUUGGAUGAGGGCUUUAGGCUGGCACAUAGCUAAUCAAAAUGAACUUUUAAUUAGAGACUCUGAUGAAUAUCACUGUUUGAAUCCUCAAUUCCCAUUACAUAUUGCUAAAGAAUUCUUAAAGUCAACUGAAAAUUUAUCUCUGUUUGCAUUUGAGUCUAAUGGAUCAGGUGUGUGUGUUAAGCUUUUAGAAAUAGCCAAUGCAUUAGCAGAUUCAGUCUCAGAGUCUGCAGUAUAUAAAUAUGAUACUUAUAAUUCUUAUGAUGCAUUGGGGGCAAUAUUUCAAUUGGUGGGUAAAUUUAAGAAAGAUAUUCUAUUACCCGUCGAUCUAUAUAACAAGAUCGAUACAAUUAUAAGUGACAAAGCCAUCGCUAAAUUUCCCACAGCUUAUAUAACAGAAGUUGAUGAUGAUGCUUCUUCUAGAGUAGCAUCGUCUAACAGUAGUAAUGAUAAUGGUAAUGAUAAUGAUACCAGUAAUAUUAGCGAUGUUGUUAAUACUCUACCUCAUUCUAACAUGGCGACUAAUAAGUUAUUCUCGCCGUAUACACAAAUGACUAUGGGUAUUGGAUUAUCUCCAACAUCAUUACUUCCAACAUUGAGCUCUUCAAAUCUUGCAGCUUUACAAGUGCAAUAUCAGCAACAAUCAAAUGAUACCCAGUUAUAUGAUCAGCGUCGAGAAUUUCGAAAUCAGCAGAAGCAACAAGAUACACAUAAUUAUGGACUGCCAUUAUUAGAUUUAGAUAAAAAUGUUCAUUUCGGAUCAAACAUUGAUGGAAAGGAUUCAAAAAUAAGAUUCGACACAGAUAUUGAUUUUGAUAAUCUAUAUAAUAUAUAA